AUGUCUGCUCCCGUCAAGACAGAGCAAAAGGCUUGUCUGAUCGUCAUUGACGGUUGGGGCAUCCCCUCCGAGGAGAGCCCCAAGGAUGGCGACGCCAUCACCAACGCCAAGACCCCGGUCAUGGACGAGCUCUACAAGAGCGCUACCGGCUACACCGAGCUCGAGGCCUCGUCGCUGGCCGUCGGCCUGCCCGAGGGCCUCAUGGGCAACUCCGAGGUCGGCCAUCUCAACAUUGGCGCCGGUCGCGUCGUCUGGCAGGACGUCGUACGCAUCGAUCAAACAAUCAAGAAGGACGAGCUCAGCAACAACCCCGUCAUCAAGAAGACCUUCGAGGGCGCUGCCAAGGGCAAUGGCCGCCUGCAUCUUUGCGGCCUUGUGUCCCACGGCGGUGUUCACUCCAAGCAGACCCAUCUGUACGCUCUCCUGAGAGCCGCCAAGAAGUACGAGGUCAAGGAGGUGUUCAUUCACUUCUUCGGUGAUGGCCGUGAUACCGAUCCCAAGUCCGGCGCUGGCUACAUGAAGGAGCUCGUAGACUAUCUGAAGGAGGUUGGCAUUGGUCAGAUUGCCACCGUUGUUGGCCGUUACUAUGCCAUGGAUCGUGACAAGCGCUGGGAGCGUGUCGAGGUCGCCCUCAAGGGUAUGUGCCUUGGUGAGGGUGAGGAGAGCGAGGACCCCGUCGCUACCCUCAAGGCACGCUACGAGAAGGGCGGCUCCAAGGACAAGGAUGAAUUCCUCACACCCAUCAUUGUUGGUGGUGAUAACGGCCGCAUCAAGGACGACGACACUGUCUUUUUCUUCAACUACCGAUCCGACCGAGCUCGCCAGAUUACCCAGCUUCUCGGCGACGUUGACCGAUCGGUGCUUCCCGAUUUCGCCUACCCCAAGAUCAAGGAGCUCGUCACCAUGACCAUGUACAAGACCGACUACCCCUUCGAUGUCGCAUUUGAGCCCCAGCGCAUGGACAAUGUCCUGGCCGAGUGGCUUGGCAAGCAAAAUGUUGAGCAGGUCCACAUUGCUGAGACGGAAAAGUAUGCUCACGUUACCUUCUUCUUCAACGGCGGUGUUGAAAAGGUCUUCCCUCUCGAGGAGCGCGACCAGAACCAGGACCUGGUUCCCUCCAACAAGUCCGUUGCCACCUACGACCUCGCCCCCGAGAUGUCCGCCGAUGGCGUUGCCGACCAGGUCGUCAAGCGCUUGGGCGAAGAUCGCUUCCCCUUUGUGAUGAACAACUUUGCGCCCCCCGACAUGGUCGGUCAUACCGGUGUCUACGAUGCUGCCAUCGUCGGCUGCGAGGCUACCGACAAGGGCAUCGGCAAGAUCCUCGAAGGAUGCAAGAAGAACGGCUACAUCCUCUUCAUCACCGCCGACCACGGCAACGCCGAGGAGAUGAAGUUCGCCGACGGCAAGCCCAAGACCAGCCACACCACCAACAAGGUGCCACUCCUGAUGGCCAACGCCCCCGAGGGCUGGAGCCUGCGCAAGAGCGGCGGCGUCCUCGGCGAUGUCGCGCCGACCAUUCUCGCGGCCAUGGGCCUGCCGCAGCCGGAGGACAUGACUGGCGAGUCUCUUCUGGAUAAGGACCUGAAGCGCAGCGCUGAUUAA